AUGGCACCAAAAUCACACAAAAAUCCCACCAAACUCUUCCUGCAAUGCCUUCUAGCCAUGUUCCUAUGCUCACAGUCGUCACAAGGUACUGAGCUUAAAGAAACCUUUAUCACAGUGUACCUUCAAGACCGGUCUGCAGGGCCUGGUACUCCCGGAGGACUCAACUACACCGUCGUUCCCGUCACUGGCAUCCCCGGAAAACUUUGGGCAUUCAACAGCUUUGGAACCAUAUACUCUGGCGAUGAUCCUUUAACCGAAGGCCGGGAUGAGGGUUCAGCUCCGGUUGGUCGGAUGCAAGGUAUAUUUGUGACGGCGUCACUUGAUGGGACUAUUGUACAAAUAUCGGCCUCACUUGUGUUCACAAAUAAAAAGUAUAAUGGUAGCACCCUCGAACUCCAGGGUGCUAGUUCGUAUCUUAACACGGUGAGAGAGGUGGCCGUGGUGGGUGGCACUGGAAAAUUCCGGUAUGCAAGGGGCUUUGCAACGUUUGAGACAAUUUAUUAUGAGGCAUCUACGGUCUAUUGUCUAAUUCAAUGUAAUGUUACUGUGCAACAUUAUGAAAAUCUAAGCACAAAAGAUUAUUCCUUGAUAUAA